GCAGCAUAUUCGGCCAAAGAUGGAAGCAACUGCGGCGAUUCGGACACAGAGCCUUGAGACAUUUCGGAAUUAAUCAAGGAAGCAUGGAGGACAGCAUUAUAGAAGAAGGGCGACUUAUGGCAGAGGCGUUCGAGAUGAAGGAGGGAACACAAUUCAAUCCGAAAGUGCUUGUUACAAACACAGUCGGUAACGUCAUUACAAGAUUUGUGUUUGGAUUUCGUUUUGAGUACGGCGAUCCAGUCUUUGAAAAACUCGCCGAAGAUUUCGAGCUUUCCUUCGAAAGCUUUUCCAUAACGUCACUGGGGAGUGUCUUCCCGUUCCUCUACUACACUCCACUGUACACUAACUUUCGACGCCCCAUUCAAGAUGUCGUGUCGUACAUCAAGUCCGUGGUCAAUGACCACCGACGGAGCUUUGAUCCCCUCCAUCUCCGGGACGUCAUCGACCUCCACAUGGCGGAGGUCAAAGGGCAACGUGAUGAGAACAAGAUGGCUGCCAUUGAAGAGGGAUGGGAGUGGAAGUUUAUCUUUGAGCUCUACGCUGCUGGCCUAGCAACAACCACUGAUACCCUGCGAUGGGCAAUACUCAUAGCGGCACAACAUCCACAGCUCGUGCACGAGGUCCAAAAGGAGAUUGAUGACGUCAUAGGAGGGCGAUCACCCAAGUUUUCGGAUCAGAGUUUGAUGCCCCUCACUGGAGCGACGAUGUUAGAAAUAACACGAAUUCGCCCGGUGGUCCCUUUGGGAGUUCCCCGCUGCACAUCCAGGGACGCUGUUGUACAGGGGUACCAUAUUCCAAAGAAUACGACUGUUUUGAUGAACUUGUGGGAGCUGCAAACCAGUCCAAAGUACUGGAAGGAGCCUGAUAAAUUCAACCCAUAUCGGUUCUUGAGUGAGGAUCAUAAGACCAUCGUGAGUCACCGCGCUCUCAACCCAUUCGGGAUAGGUCUCCGUGUGUGUCUUGGUGAAAAGCUGGCCAGGAUGCAGCUCUUCAUCAUCUUCACAAGUCUACUCCAGAGAUUCACACUUCGUCUAGCAGACGACAGUCUUUCUGUCGGUAUGGAGGGCAAGGCUGGACUCGCUUACGGUCCACUCGACUACAACAUUGUUUUGGAAAAGCGUAACGUGUGAAAAGGACAAGCGGUUCCGUCAAGCAG